AUGAAUGUGCCGGGCGACUUGCAUGGAAUACCCCAGACUUUCCCCAGUCUACUCUUGCAGUCAGAUCCUUCUCGUCUGGUGAGAGUCUGUUCUUACGCAAUGUCAUCCUCCCUUCGCCAACCCGCCACGGCCGAGAGUGGGUAUAUCACCCAGCCGGCCGCGCUGGAGAAUACCUACACGUCGGAUACCAGUCUUCAACGAUCGCUGCAAUGGUAUCUUCCCUCAAGCACGCUACGAUCCGUGGAACCACACUUCACUCAGCUCGGGGCCGAGGCAGUGUCGGAGCAGGUGCGCGUGUGGAGUGCAGAUGCCGAGCGCAACCAGCCCUAUGUGAAGAGCCAUAAUGUAUGGGGAAAGAGAUACGAUUACGACCGACUGAUAACCACCGAAGGCUGGAAGCAGCUGGGCCACUGGGGCGCGCGUAACAAGAUUGUGUCCGCGGGAUAUGACCCUGCGUUUGGCUCGCAGCGACGGACGGUACAAUAUGCAUUGAACUAUUUAUAUUCUCCCUCGUCGGGGCUCUACUCGUGUCCAAUUAGCAUGACCGAUGGGGCGGCUUUCAUUCUUGCUCCCAAGCUCAAGGGAUUGCCUACGAAUCACCCCUUUCACGCUGCUUUUCGAGGACUCAUUUCCGAGAAUACUGAUCACUGGACAUCAGGUCAGUGGAUGACCGAGAGGGCCGGUGGCAGUGAUGUCCAGAACACGGAGACCUGGGCGACAUAUUCGCCGCUAUCCAAGCCCUCUGGUACCGAUGCGCUGGCCGAGGGAGACUAUGUGAUCAAUGGGUUCAAGUUCUUUUCAUCUGCCACCGAUGCUAAUGUGGCUCUACUGCUCGCCAAAACUCCGUCGGGCAAACUGAGCACUUUCCUGGCACCCUUGCGUCGAACAGUUGUCGGAGAAGACGGUGUCUCGCGUCAGGUAUCGAACGGAGUGCGAAUCCAUCGCCUCAAGAACAAGCUUGGUACCAAGGAAUUGCCAACCGCUGAGCUGGAAUUGAAGGACAUGCGCGCCUAUUUGGUUGGCGAGAUUGAUCAGGGCAUUGUCACUAUCGCCCCACUCCUCAAUGUCACUCGCAUCCACACAUUCAUCGGUUCUCUGGCGGGCUGGCGACGAGCUUUGAGUAUUACGAAGAGUUUUGCUAGGGCAAGGUCCACGGUUAGUGAGCCCUUGUGGCUCAUCCCUAUGCACCUGCGUCUCCUGGCCGAUCUCGAAGUGAAGCAUCGUGGUGGUAUGAAUCUGGGCUUCUUCACCGUGGCUGUGAUGGGACUGGUCGAAGAUAAGGUGUCCCAGCCUUCCGGGCUCGCACAUCUUCCUCGUCCCGGACAAGAAGCCAAUGUGGUGUUCCGCACAUUGACAGCCACUGCAAAAGCCGUGGUGAGCAAGAUGUCCAUCCUGGGUAUUCAAGAAUGUCAGGAAGCCAUGGGCGGUGUGGGCUACAUGGAUGAAGCUGACGAGCCCGAGUUCAAUAUCUCGCGGAUUCUUCGCAACACCUCAGUGAACUCGAUCUGGGAGGGAACCACAAACGUCCUGGCAAGUGAGAUGGUCCGCUUCCUGAUCAAGGGCAGCAACAUGGAUGUAUUUGCAGCUUGGCUUGAACGUACUUUGGGGCUCAUUCGCGCAAAAACGCUUCGAAACGCAUUGGCUACCACAUGGUCGGCGCUGCGGGCGCGAUUUUCAGUGUCACCUGCUGCCAUCCUUGCCGAUGCCCGCCGCUACAUGUUUACACUUGCUUGGAUACUGUGUGGUACCCUGUUGGCCCUCGACGCGGAGCGAGAUCAGGACCCAGUCAGCACAGAAAUUGCUAAGCGUUGGGUUCUGAAUGCGGAAGGUGGCGUCGGAGAAAACGUGUUCCAUGAUAUUGUUACGGCUCACAAAAACCAGAGCAGCGAUGCGAAUGGAGAGGAUCAUCUACAGUGGGACUGCAAGAUUGCAUGGGGCAUUGAGCUACCAGCUCAAAGAGCCUCCGGUCAUCGGUCAAUGCAAAAUGCUCGUUCUAAACUGUAG